UUUGCGUUUUUCAAAAUUCUUCGUAACGUUCCGCUCCGCUCCCCCUCCCCCGUCUUCGCAUUUUGUUGCUGCCCGUCGACGACCCAAGGCGGCGAGAGCAGAAGAAGAAGGGGAAGAACAAGUGAGAUUUUAAUCCGUGUCGAGUUCAUGGAGGUCGUGUCGGAGGAUGGCGACAGCGUCCGGAUUGAUUGGGAUUCGUCGACCGUGAUCGGCAGACGGCUAGGGUUAGGGUUACGGCGGUCCUCAUCCGCCGACCGCACCGUCUCCCGCCGCCACCUCUCCUUGCGACUCGCCGGAUAUGACCGCGAGGUCGGUGGUUCUGUUGAUGGAGGGAGGGUCUUCUUUGAGGUAAUUGGGAGGAAUCCUGUCUUGGUCUGCAGCGGCGGAGGCGGAGAGACGACGAGGGUGUACCGGAAUUCGGAGAAGGGUGAGCUCCGAUCCGGUGAUCGAUUCUCUCUAUCCCUCACAAAUCCCUCAUUUUGGGUGCUCAAGAGGCGUGAAGAAGGGGAGGAAGCGGUGGAUCAGAGGGUCUUGGAUGCGGUGGAGAGGAGGGAGAGGAGGACCUCGGAGAGGAAGGCAAAAGUUGAGGCCAGAGGAAGUGAAGGAAAUGACGAAGCGGUUGGCGGGGAGCUGGAGUUAGAGUUGGGUGCAUUGGAUGUCUCCCAAAUCGAUCCUAUCAAAGAGUUUGGAUUCUUGGUAGAAGGCCAUGAGUUUGAUCAUUAUCCGAGGCACAAGAUCCGUCCGGCUAAGGAGUGGAAUUGGCUCCUCGAGGAGCAAGGAGGGAAUAGUGAUGACGACGACAGGCUGACUGAUCAAGGAUCUAGUCCGAAGAGGAACAAGGGUGGAAAGAAGAACAGAAGAGGUGGAGAUUAUGAGGAUGAGGAAUGGACAGGUGAGAUCGAAGAAGAGAAUGAUACUGUUGGAAUUGGAAAUGCCAGGAGAUCCAGGCACUCUACUAGAUCUAAAGACCCAAAAAGGCCACGCAACGAUGAUUUAGCUGGUACAAAGAAACCUGUGAAAGGCAGAGAUGUUAAUUGUCGCAAGGAUGAAGACGACGACGAAGAAGAUGAUACUUUAGGAGGUUUCAUAGUCAACGACGGUGAUGACGAUGAAGCAUAUGAAGAAGAAUCGGAGGAAGAGGAAGAAUUCGACGACGUAGACGAAGACGCUGAUGAGUGACUGUAACAAGAAGGAACCAGUUUGUGUUGGUUCAUGGAAGUUCAUUCCGCACUACAAAAAGGUAAGUUGAAUUCCCUUUGUAUCUCAUGACAUGCAUAUAUGUACUGUAGCUGAGUGAUAGCACAUCUCUGAAUCUUUUCUCUUUUCUGUAUACUAACCAGAAAGAUCUAGAAUUGUUUACAAUGUUGUAGGCCAAUCUUAGUGGUUUCAAGACUUGUUUUGUCAAAAACAUGGUAAAAUAUCAUAUAUUUCUUCACCAGUGAACCAUUUCUUGUUUGUAAGACAACUUGUUAGUUUACUACCAAGUCCCUGCCUUAUGUAGCCUUGCCUUUGUUUCUUAGUCUAAUGUAACGAUUUGGUGACAACAUGUUUAGCCAUUGUCUUUCUAAAUGGUUCUUAAAGAAAUAAUAUAAUCUUGUAAUGUUGUGGAACUUUGCUUAAUGCCUUCGAUCCUACGGCAACUUCAUGAACGGAAAUUUAGUUCCGAUGGGUUACGACUCCGUCGUGUAACGUUUGAAGAGAGAGAACUGAAACCAUUAUACGAGUCUACCAUCGGUCAAGCCACGUACGGGUAUUAAAGCGGAAGUAAGGAAAUGCUCUUCUAGAUCAUGAUUUGGCCCCCACGGCCACCGCUGUACAUCAACGUGCCGUGUUGCUCAAGUCCUUGUCGUCCGUGAAGGGAUACAGCUGAUGGGAUUGGACCCCUCUGAUUGACUCGACUUUGCCAAGGACGGAUGCGGAGGCCGCGGUUCACCUGAAUCGGACCAAGUCGUCGCGAAGCAAUCUCGCCUGUUUGACCAACUCGUAGGCCACAUAGUAGUUGUCUUCGCCACUCAAACCCAAUCGACUCGCGGUCUCAAGUGCCGCAUCCCCGACGAACAAGAAAGCGACGAUGGA